AUGCGGCAGAUAAUUGACAAUACCACUUAUAACGUAAUUGCAUCUGAAACGCAGUAUUCAGCCCUUUCAUCGAAUGAUGAAUUGUACUUGCCCACAUCAUUUUUCCUAAACAUCAGUGUAUUUAAUGAACUAUCAAAUAUUGAUUUUAUAACUCUUGAUAUUCCUAUAAUUAAGAUUGACGCAGAAAAAUAUAAGAAAAGCAUUGAGACAUAUGAUGUAUGUUUGAAAGAUGGCAAUAGGAUUGUCGAGAAAGGUGAUGGGAUGUUUGCAUUCCCCGUUCCGGAACCCGCGUACGAGGAUACUUCUUUGUUCUCAAUGUUUUUUAAUAAAAGAAAUUUUAAAGUGGGAGAUAGGAAAUAUUUACCUAAGUUGCUAAGCCCAAAAUUUAUUCUAUGCCUUUUGAUGGUCGAUUUUUGUAACCCGUUAGAUUCAAAACAUCGACGUCAGUUGUUGAAACACAUUCCGGAUACUGCGCAGUAUCAAACGAAUGGGUUUGCUGUUGAUGACAGUAAUGUGGAUAAUGCUAAGUAUGACCUUGAGGAUAGUAUUGUGAAAGGUAUAAAGAAAAAAGUCGAUAAAUUGCCGAAACACUCAGUUGAAGCAGAAUUCUUGAAAUAUUAUAACCAUGAAAAUUUGGUUGACUAUUGCAAAGAAACUAUCAAGAAAUAUUUUAGGAACGUACAAAAUCGUUUGGGUUCCCAAGAUGGUGUCGAUGAUCUCGUUCGGCUUGCUGAUUCUCGUAGACGUAUGUUCGGUCUUAGGUCUCUGAGUGAAUUCGAUUUAACUUUUCCUGUAUGUGGCCGCAUCUCUUUCGAUGCGCCUAUACUAGAAAUGACGCCACAGGGAAUUGUUCGCCCCAUACUGUUGACAGUGGAAAAACGCGACUACGCAAAUAUUGCCAGACUAUUUGAUCUAAAUUUCACCACUAAUAGAGAAGCUCGCAAACUCGAAAUGUUUGAUCCGCCUGCAUAUCUCAGAGACAUCGUCGACAUGAGCUCUGACUUCUACAGAGAGUGGAGUGAUUUAGUGUCUAAAGUAACAGAUUACAUUAUCGAUGCGCAUAAAGAAACUUACGAUUUAGUUGGCUUACAGUAUUACAAUCCUAAAAAAGUAAUAACGUCUGAGGAUGCAAUAGAAACUAAUAUUGUUUGGACUGCAUUUCCAAAGGGAGUUAAAAAGAAAGCAGCCACAGACAAGGAACGUUGGAAGAUUGCUGAUUCGUCACUUCCAGAAUAUUGGGAAUUACUCGCUCUAAAAGAUGACGAUAAAUUACUAGAAUUGUAUUCUGAAUUAACUGGACAAAGUGUAUCAAAGGAUGAUAUUUUUGUUAACAAAAAGUAUGACCGAAAAAAUAAGUGGAAUUACAAUAGUAAUAGUGGAAAUAUUAUACAUUUGCUCCAUGAGAACAGCACGCUCAUUGAUGGAGUUGAUGUUACUGUUUGCUCCAGUAUUGUUCGUGUCACCGAUGAAAAAUGUGUCAUUAAUGAACGUAAUUUGACUACCGAGCAGGAACUCAUUAAAUAUGGCCUGAAUGGCAAACCUGAUAGGUUUUCUGAUCCUCAUAUUGGGGCAUUCGUGAAUAAGAUUACUCGUCUAGGUGCAGAUGUGACAAUUCGUAACCCACCCGCCAUUUAUUUUAAUGAUCUGGAUACUUCCUUAUUCAAAACUCCCGAUGGAUCUGAUCCAAAAAAUCACUGGCAUAUUCUCCGUGGACCUGAAGAUGGUUAUGUCCGUGCUUCCUAUGAGGUUAUUGAUGGAAAUUUUUGUGUUGGGGACAUCCAUAUCGAUGGAGUUCCUAUUGAUUUCGGUGCGCAUAUUGCUGAUUUCAUUACUAUGCGUAUUCCGAUUAUUGCUUGUCGUUUCGGGCAAAGUACCAUCCCACCUUUUAUCGUAAAAUCAAUGUCUAACUCAAAUAUAUGCCAAAAUAUUUCUUUCGAUGAUAUACUUAACGCUAUUAGUAAAAAUUCCUAG